AUGUCGACAAACUCGCAUAGAGUGCUAAUUGUCCAAGACGCUUCGAGGAAGCUUUGUUUUAGUUCUAUGAGGGGUUUCCUAAGUGAAUUUGUACUCAUUCAAGGCGACGUAAUAAGAGUUCUCGGCAUCAUCCAGGCAUUUACUAGAAAUGGAUGCAGCUCGUGGAUUGAAGAUAAAACUAAGUUGCAUUCGAGCGCGACGAUCAACAAGCACAAGGAAGACAUCGAGGAAGAAGUUCACAAGACGCGACAAAGAUACUUAACUUGUCAAGGAUACAAAGAAAUGAUCAAGAUUGCAUCAUCACUAAAGAUUGAAUUCGACGUAGCAGUGGAAGCAGGCUUGCUAAAGGAAGUUGCCGUAACUUACGCAAAGAACUUUCAGGCCACCGACGUAAUUCUAUACAGGCAAUCGAAGAAUGACGUCAAGUAUUUCACACAGAACCUGUCCUGCGGCAUAUACAGAGUGAAAUCCAACAGCAUCAAGAUCAUAAGCCGACCUCAGGCAGAUGAGGUCGGCACAGAUCCUCCAUUGGAGAGCUCGACAAAUUCCGAACUUAGUGGACAGAGAAGGUCUACCUUAGCUGAUCCGGGGUGUUCGAUCUGCAAGAACAAAAGGCCACGGAUUGGGAAUCGAAGAAAAUUCAGUUAUGCAGAGCUGCAGCUUGCAACAAAUGGAUUUUGCCCUCAAAACUUGGUGCCUGAUCAUGGAAGGAAGAUCUAUCUUAGCUUGUUGAAUGAUCAAAGCAAAGCUGUAGUUAGAGAGAGCCCUUCAACAGCAAUCAAAGAAGAACAGUUCAAAAGGGAGCUUAAGAUCCUCGAAAACGUUGGCCACAAAAACGUCGCCUUGCUCAUAGGAUCGUGCUCGGAUGGACCACACCGGUUUCUACUCUACGAAUACGUCUGCAACGGUUCGCUCAACAAGCUUCUAUCAGAAAAAAGUCGCGGGUUAACGUGGGAAAGACGCAUAAUUAUAGCACAUGGAGUCGCCAACGGGUUGGCGUAUUUACACGGAGAAAGAAUCUACGGAAGCAUGAAGCCGAGCAACAUCCUAAUCACGCACGACUAUCAUCCGUUGAUUUCUUAUUACGGGCUGAGUAUGAAUCAAUACGAAGCCUUGGGACAAUCGUCGGACACAACAACCGUAAGGACGUUUGAAUAUCUAGCACCCGAAUAUCAAGAAACCGGGAUAGACUUGAGUAAAGCCGACGUGUAUUCUUUCGGGGUCGUGCUUUUGGAGCUAAUGACCGGGAGAAAGACAUUGCAAGACACGAAUGGGCAGAGCUUCCUUCGAUGGGCGAGACCACUUUUAAAGAAGAAGAAAUACAUGGAGCUGAUAGAUCCUGAGGUUCAAGACGGCGUCGAUAUUUUUCAACUGUAUUGGCUCGUUCGUAUUGCGUACAAAUGCCUAAGUUACGAGCCGAGGAGUAGAUACCCAAUGAGUAAGGUUGUAGAGGCUCUAUCGGGCGUUAUUAAUCGUUCGGGUGUCAAAGACUUCUCGCCUACCGGGUCUGAGUGGUGACUACAAUAUAACUACAAAGUAGAGACGAGACAUAUUUUGUGGGAACCCGCCGUUGCUGCU